CCCUUUGUCUUCUCAUCAGGGUUCAUUUUAUGAUACCAAUCUUCUUUACCACUUGUACCUGGAGUCAAGUGCGAGAACUCACACCCAGCAACAAUGGAGGGCCUCCGUAUCAUCAUAUUCUACUUGGCCGUGCCGAGUCUGUUGUUCUCGGCCAUCGGACAGAUCCUGUCGUGGAGAAAGAGGGCCCUUGCGCCAAAGAAGGUGUUCCCGGGACCGACGCAAUUUCCUGUCGUGGGCCGCGUUCACGACAUCAACCGACAUGGCUUCUGGAAAGACCUGAAGAGGUGGGCAGACCAGUACGGGCCUGUCUACCGGACCAGUAUGAUGGGGCAGGAGUUCAUCGUCAUCUCGGAUAUCAAGAUUGCCGAGGAGAUUCUUGUCAAGAGGGGCCACAUCUACUCUGGCCGAGCCCAGGUCCGGGCGCUCUACGACCACAAGUCUGGCCCUGCCUAUCUGGCUCUGAUGGAUCGUCAUGACACUUGGAUGCGGCAGCGCAAGUGGGUGCACGCCGCCAUGGCCGACUUCCACAGGCAGCACUUCUUUGGCGCCAUCGAGAGAGAGACGAAGCGCUUCCUUGCGGUGCUGCUCAUGGACCCUGCAAAGUUUCACUCGUAUAUUCGGGAGCACUCGGGCCGAAUCAUGGGUCGCCUCGCUUGGGACGACGCCACGCAAGGCAACUACAGCGGGUACAGUGCCGACCGGACUCUGGACCAGAUGUCGAUCUCGGGCCCGAUGGUCAACGUGUUGGAGCCCUUGUGGAAGAUCCCCCACGCUCUGAACCCGUGGCGAAAGUACGAGCGCGAGCGCGAAGAUACGCAGCGUGCUUGGUGGCUGAACUGCUACAAAGUUGCCAAGAAGCGGUACCUUCAGGGCGACCUCCCCGAGACGACCUGGUGCCACCGCUACUUCAGCGGCCUGCAGAAGCAGGGCAACGUAGAGCUGGUCGAGGAGCUCAAGGACGAGAUCUUUGCCAGCUGCAUGCUCGGCUUCCAGAACCUCGUGGGUGUCAUCACCAUCUGCGGGCCCAUGCAGUUCUUCUUCAUGGCUAUGGAGCUCAACCCGGAGUGGCAGAAGAAGGCGCAGGAGGAGAUUGACCGUGUCUGUGGUGACCGCAUGCCGACCACGGCUGACUCUCCCAACCUCCCAACCGUCCGGGCUUGUCUGAAGGAGGCUCUCCGCUGGCGAUCUGGAACACCCCUUGGCGUGCCUCACCAAUGCGAAGAAGACAACAUGUGGCGUGGGGAGCUUGUCAAGAAGGGUACCAUCAUCCUUGCCGUGGAGUGGAACAUCAACCGCGUCCCGGAAAUGUACCCAGACCCUGAGAACUACCACCCGGAACGCUACCUGGAGAAGAGCUGGCCGACCUACAUGGAGCCGCUGUCGCGCUAUCCCAACUUCCGCGAGGGUGUCGGCAUGCACACCUUCGGCUUCGGCCGGCGCACCUGUCUCGGCCAGCACAUUGUCGAUGACGAGAUGUUUGUCACCGGCGCGGCCGUGCUGUGGGGGUUCAACCUGUAUCGCAAGAAGUGCCCGCUGACCGGGGAGCUCAUCGAGUUCGACACCGAGGCGACCAACGCGCACGUCAUCCUCGAGACCAAGCCUUUCCCCUGUGGGUUUGAGCCGCGGAGCGCAAAGAGGGCCGAGCAGAUCAUGGCGCAGUUCGUCGACGUCCAGGGCGAGCUACGUUUCUAAGGACGAGGGAAAACAAUGAAAUUGGAUCGGUGGGCUCUC